AUGGAGCAGCCUGGUGGCGCCGCCUCCCUCUCGGACUUCCUCUGCACAGAAGACCGGACUUGCUUGGACGCCGGGGACGACGACCCGGCGGAGCCUUGCAGCGCCGCCUCCCUUUCCGCCAUGGACGGCGGCGAGGAGGAAGGGGAAGAGGAAGAGAGUGUCGUCUUCCUGAACGACUCUGCCCUCUCUGACACGGAGGAGUACAUCGGAAUACUGGUCUCCAGAGAGAGCGCCUUCCGGAGCGCUGGCGGCGGCGCCGCCGGUGGCGGCGGAGACUGGUUGAGAUGCGCCCGGUCCGGCGCCGUCCGGUGGAUCCUCAAAGUGUGCUUCCUCUCAGAUUUGACCCUCAUAUUCUCUCUCAUUUACUCUCUUUCGUUGACCCUAUUCCUGUUGGAUGAUCAGGCGCGGGGUCGUCUCCGCUUCAGCCUCCACUCCGCCUACGUCUCCGUCACCUACCUGGAUCGAUUCCUUCUCCGGCGAACCAUAGACGUAAAGCCAGAUCUUGAAUCGAAUCUGUUGUAUCAUCUUCUUCCUGUUCUUGGGGAGGAGGGGGAAUUCGUCGAUGAUUCUGACCGAGGAAGGGAACCCAUCCGUUUGCAGAGAUGCCAGCCAUGGGUGAUGCAGCUCCUGUCAGUGGCCUGCUUGUCCCUGGCGGCGAAGAUGGAGGAGAUCAGAGUUCCUCCCUUGCCGGAGUUUCCUUCUGGGGAUUACCAGUUCGACAGCAGGGCGAUCCAGAGGAUGGAGCUCCUCGUCUUGAACACUCUGGAAUGGCGCAUGAGCCCCAUCACCCCCUUCGUCUACCUCAGUUUCUUCGCCAUCAAGCUCGCCGGCGAUGUCGCCGCUGGCGAGAAACUGUUCUACAGAGCAGUCGGGUUCAUCUUCUCCACCAUCGAAGGUGAAACUCCGGCGAGAUGAACGCCGCCGAGAAACCCACCACCUGAGCUCUCACUUCCACUCCCUGUUUGCUCCACCAGGGAUGAACCUGGGAGACUUCCGAGCCUCCGCCGUAGCCGCGGCGGCGAUCUUCGCCGCCUCCGGGAAGGUCCCGACGGAGACCUCCAUGCGGGUCAUCUCAACCAGCGGAUCUCCGCCAAUCGUAGGUCCCCUCUUUCCCCCCCCCCUCCCCCCCAAAUAAAUCUCCUCUCAUCUUCUUUCAAAGAUCCUAUCACUGGUCCCCCCAUCUCUGUUGUUAGGGCCAGGUCUUCGCCUGCUACAAGACGAUGAUCCAGGAGUCUCGGAGCUCUCAAUCGGGACCGGGCCCCCGCGGCGCCGACAUGGGCUGCAAGAGGAGGAGGGACGGCGCCGACUGA